CGUCUGCAGCCUCAUUACGUUGUGACGUGGAGUGUUUUCACUGCAGAGACCCAUAUUUGCUGCAACCUGUUAUUAUCAGUCUGGGAGACAGACACACUCACAGGCUUGGUAACAGGCAGACCGGCAGGCACCACAGUAUGAUGUGCCAAAGAAGCAUUUGGAGGAUUACACUUUCCACCUCACUUUCUCCUCUUCGUUGUUGAAGACCUACAAGGAUGAUGUAGUGGUGUUCUCUGCAAUCAAAGACAGACCCUCUAGCAUGAGCAUGAUGGACUGAAGGGUUCAGCACCAUCUCUACACUCGAUGAUGCUUCGGGGUCCUGUGCUGACUCUGAUUGCCUCCCUAUCCCUGUUAUUCCUGCCACAGCUGCUCAGUGCUCAGCCGCUGCAUGCACGAUGAGGCGUGGGACCAGCCUGCAGGGUCGGCACUCUAAGGGAUCAGGGUCAGAAUGUGGAAGUGGAGAUCCCAUCCUCAGAAGCAGCCCCCAAUUUCUGCACCGUCGCCACACCCACGAUCCACAGCGGCACGUCACCCGACCAUGGUUCUCUUCCACCGUAGACACACACACAGCCAACAGUCCCGCCCAUGGAUAUGCAGCCAGUGAUGUAUUGCUUUUGUCAGGAUACCAGUCCACAGAGGAGGCGGACAGAACUGACCAGCUAGAAGUGAAUGACUUGGGCCAGACACCCCUGGCCAUGCCGUGUGUGGCCGACUGUUCAGCCCUAGCAGGGGAGGACAACACGCCAGACCCCCAGCGCACCAAACAGGUGAUCGCCCAGCUCCAGCAGAAAAUCCUCAGGCUCACAGAGCACCUCAAGAUUGAGCAAACAGCCAGGGAUGACAACGUCGCAGAGUACCUCAAACUUGCCCACAGUGCUGACAGGCACCAAAUUACACGCAUCAAGCAGGUUUUUGAGAAAAAGAAUCAGAAAUCAGCCCAGAUCAUCCAGCAUCUACAGAUGAAAUUGGACCACUACCACAGGAAGUUGCGUCGAGUGGAGCAAAACGGAAUUCCCCGGCAGCCAAAGGAUGUACUUCGGGAUAUGCAGCAGGGUCUGAAGGAUGUCGGAGCCAAAGUCACAGACUUCAGUGAGGGUGUGGUGGACAGCGUGAAGGGAGGCCUCUCCAGCUUCUCUCAGGCCACCCAUUCUGCUGUCUCAAAACCCAGAGAGAUCGCCUCAAUGAUUCGCAACAAAUUUGGCAGCGCCGAUAACAUCGCCUCGCUCAAAGACUGUCUGGAUGACUCCUCCAUAGAUGAAGGAGUGAUAGGGGCCCAUCACCUUCAGUCCAGUCCCAAAUACGGUAGUGAGGAUGAUUGUUCUAGUGCUACAUCAGGUUCAGCCGGGGCCAACAGCACCACAGGGGCUCCCGGAGGUCCCCCCAGUUCCAGUUGUUACACCCUGGACAGGAACCACAGUUCUAGUCUGGACAUGUUUAUGCAGGAGGUGCAGGAGCUGAGGGACUGUCAAGCAAAACUGGAGGAGAGCAUCGAUGGCCUGAAGAGUCAUUAUGAGAGAGAGUACACCGUUGUUAUGCAAGCACUACAGGAGGAACGCUUCAGGUGUGAAUGUCUGGAGGAGCAGCUGAAUGAUCUCACAGAACUUCACCAAAAUGAGAUUCACAACCUGACACAGGAGCUGGCAAGCAUGGAGGAGAAGGUCGCCUAUCAGUCCUACGAGAAAGCAAGGGACAUGCAGGAGGCCUUGGAGGUGUGUCACACGCGGAUCUCUAAGGUGGAGCUCCAGCAGCAGCAGCAAGUCCAGUUGGAGGGGCUGGAAAUCGCCACGGCGAAGAGCCUCUUAGGAAAGCUUAUCAAUGUGCUGCUGGCCCUUAUGGCAGUCCUGCUGGUCUUUGUCUCUACCCUGGCCAACUGCAUGGUCCCUCUGAUGAAGACCCGAACCCUUUCCACGGUCAUCUUCAUUGUCCUGCUGGCUUUCUUGUGGGCAAACUGGGGGGUUUUCUCUGACUACACGGAUCUGACUCUGGUGUUCACCUCAGUAUGAACAGACAGAAACCUGCACAUGUUGCUUUGUUGAUGACAGAAUCUGCUAAAAGUAGCUGCAGUUGAGCAGGAUGGUUGGAGAACGAGAGCAGCCAAAGCUUCUAAAGUCACUGGAAGUUCGAGAUGAAGACAGAAAGCAGAUUUCCAUGUCGUCCGGAAUAGACCGUUUACAUUUGUUUUAUUUCUUUUUGAGCGGCUGUGAAUCAUCACCGAAUACAGCAUUGGAGGUUUUUUUUAUCUUUAAUCAAUUGUAAUGUUAUUACUAAUAUAUUUAUUCAGUGUGCCAUGUAGCAUUAUGCUCCUCUCAAAACUUCACAAAGGGGAGUUUGUCAAGAAACUAGGCUGCUGAUUACCUCAAAGGGCCAGUCUUGUUUUAGUGACAUGCAAACGUGUCGUUACGGUUGAUUGCCUUCGGGAUGAGAACUCUUACCCACCUGUGAUUCACCUGAACUCAUGGCUAAAAGCGUUCCUCCAAACCGUUCUUGCUGUGAUGAAUUUGUUCCGCCGGGACAUUUUGAAGAACAGAUCGUGCCUGCUGAAUGUCCUAACAACCACAGACCUUUUGUGCUUUCUUGCAAUUUCUAAUUGUUUAAGAUUAUAUGCUUUCACUUGUUUUUUCAAGUACAGCAAAAACAGUAUUAAAUAGGGCCACUUAGUAUAAACGAAAUUCCUGCACUUUAGAAGGAUCCUAAUGGCACAUACAUGGAGUCUGUACAUUGUGCAACAUGCCAAUACUAGUGCACAUUUUCAUUUAAGAACCUCACACAGAAAUGACUUGUACUUUUAGAACUAACUGCACAGGAAACUCUGAGUAAUAGUGGGACAGAUAUGUAUAAAAUAUCACUGCAAUUGUGAGAUUUAUGGUAAAAGCUUUAAAAUGUUUCACAGAUAGUGUUUGAUACAUAAGUCCAAAAAUAAAUAUAAUGGUAAGCUCUCUUUUUUUCUUUUUUAAUCAUUGGAACUGCAGCAUAAACAGAUUCAGCAUGCAAGAAAACAUACUGAAUCCAUUCCAACCACAAUUACAUUUAUU